AUGGGGGGACGCGACGACGCUGGAACACCCGAUCCAGCGGAGAAAGGGUUUGCCACUCUUGCGACACUCAGGAUCGGUGUGAAGGCUAUGGUCGAGAAGGAAGGUAGUCAUCGAAAAGCCGAGAUUUUGUCUAUGAGACAGAGGAAGGACGCUCUUCACGUCUAUGUACACUAUGUCGACUUUAACAAGCGUCUAGAUGAAUGGAUUCCGGCUACGCGUAUUGAUCUGUCGCAAGAGGUAGAGUGGCCUGCGCCAGAGAAGCCCGAAAAGAAAAAGGCACCCAGCAAAAGCGCAAGUCAGAAACGCGCACGAGCUGAUAGUCGCGAUGUUUCCUCGACUCCAGACCUACUUACUGGCAAGAAUGUAAACAUCAGCAAGGCCAUCCGCGCUUCAAAGGCUGGCGGCAAAGAGAAUCAAGAAACGCCAUUCAACCUAUCACUCACAGGCUCCGAAGCAGUCUCUACAGAUGGCACGCCCAAAGGGGACUCUGAAGAUGUCGACAUGGUCGAUGCCGUCGACACGAAACUCGAACCCCAAGAAAAAAUGCUAGGCGAUAUGACCCGUGAAGAAGAAAUCGAGAAACUCCGCACAAGUGGAAGUAUGACUCAAAACCCGACGGAGAUUCAUCGUGUUCGAAAUCUGACUCGCCUCCAAAUGGGCAAACACGAGAUGGAGCCAUGGUAUUUCUCGCCGUAUCCGGAAUCGUUUCAAGACGCGGAUAUUGUGUAUAUUGAUGAGUUUUGCUUGAGCUACUUUGACAAUAAACGGGCAUUCGAACGGCAUAGAUCAAAAUGCACCCUUGUUCAUCCACCUGGAAACGAGAUAUAUCGUGACGAUAACAUCUCCUUUUUUGAAGUCGAUGGACGUCGGCAACGUACAUGGUGCCGAAACCUCUGCUUGCUGAGCAAGCUCUUCCUGGACCACAAAACCCUUUACUACGAUGUCGACCCCUUCUUGUUCUAUUGCAUGUGCACGCGUGACGAGACGGGCUGUCAUCUAACUGGCUACUUUUCCAAAGAAAAGGAUUGUGCCGAAGGUUACAAUCUAGCAUGUAUUCUAACUUUACCGCAAUACCAGCGUCGGGGUUUCGGUCGUCUUCUGAUCCAGUUCAGCUACGAGCUCAGCAAGCGCGAGGGCAAGCUCGGCUCUCCCGAAAAACCGCUCAGUGAUCUUGGUCUUUUGAGUUAUCGUCAGUAUUGGAGGGAGGUUCUAGUGGAGUUGUUGGUGGAUCCGAACCGAGAGGCGAUUAGCGAGUUCGAUCUGGCGACUUUGACUUCGAUGACAGAGAAGGACGUGCACGAGACGCUGCUUGUUCUUAAUAUGCUACGAUACCAUAAAGGAAACUGGAUCAUCGUCCUCCCUGAUGCCAUUGUCGAGCAACACAAUAAAAGAUUAGAGAAAGAGAAGAUCAAGGGCAUCAAGAGAAUAGAUCCCGCAAGAUUACAAUGGAAACCGCCCGUUUUCACUGCUUCCAGCCGGACCUGGAACUGGUAA